AUGGCAGUGUUUGACCAAUCAGACUCUGCAGCUGAUGAAGAUGAGGAUGAUGAUGAUGAUGGACGGCUUCAGCUGCGUCUGGAGCAGAAACCCAAGAUACAAAUUGAGCCUGAAGGGAGAGCAGUAGAGAUCCUCUCACAAACGGACGGGCUAAAAGAAACUUCAAGCGGAGAACCUUCAACCAUUCAUCCAGAUGCACCCCAUGGUAGUGGCAGUGCCCCUUCUGAACGUUAG